ACCUGCACCCUGCACGACCCUGCACCUGCACACCAGAGAGCACUACCUCUGCAGAGUGCAGACCUUUUUCGAAUGGCGCGAUGAUCCCGGUUCGAACUAUACGGUUUUUUAGGCUUUUGCUGUGGCGACUACCAAGCCUGAUCUUCUGCUUUUUGGUUGGACUACUCUGUGUUGCUGUGAUACGGGCACUUCUCGCGCCUAAACCGGUACCGCCUCCGCUAUGCAAGGAAACAGACGAGGACUUCAUAAGCGAGUCGGCAAGAAACCUAUCAACGCGGCUUGCUCGUGCGUUGAGAAUACGCACGAUAACGAGAGGUCAAAGUGAUUACGACACGGAACCAUUGAUCGAGUUCCACAGCUUCAUCAAACAGUCGUUCCCACAUGUCUACUCCUCCCCGCUGGUCACUGCUGAGACUGUGUCGAACCACAGCUUCCUCUUCACGGUUCGGGGCUCUAACCCGUCGCUCUUGCCCUACAUGCUGUGUGCCCACUUCGAUGUUGUACCCGUUGUGGAAAAAAAGUGGCGCCAUCCUCCUUUUGACGGUAAAAUCGUCGAUGGCGAGAUAUGGGGCCGUGGUGCCAUUGAUGCCAAGCAAAUUCUCAUGGGCAUAAUGGAGGCAUUAGAAUUCUUGUUGGAGAGGGGGCACCAGCCAAAACGCACCUUCUACUUGGCCUUUGGUCACGAUGAGGAAGGCAGUGGUGUUGAUGGCGCUUAUCACAUUGGAAAAUUGCUACAGGCUCGUGGCUUGCGCUUCGAGUACAUUCUCGAUGAAGGAGUGAUGAUUCUGAAUGAUACCUUUCCUGGCGUGGCAGCACCAGUUGCCAUGGUCGGGGUGACAGAGAAAGGAUACCUGACGUUCAAGAUCACUGCCUACGGUACAAGCAUUCACACGUCCGUACCACCUAGGGAAACCACAAUCAUCACAUUGUCUAAAGCAGUAGCCAGAUUUCAUUCUCAGGCACACCCCAGUCUCUUUGGAAAAGGAAUCGAAGUUCAGCAACUUGAAGUCGUUGGAACCUACGCUCCAUUCUGGAUUAAGGUUGUUCUCUUGAACCAAUGGCUAUUCGGACCUAUUAUAUCCUGGGUGAUGAGCAGGAAUCCGAUUAUGGACAGCCUCAUUCGGACCGUAUCUGCACCAACCAUCAUUAGUGGAGGAAUUAAGGAGAAUGUGUGUCCUGGUGAAGCCUACGCAUAUGUGAAUCAAAGGGUACACCCCUUAAAUAGUAUAGCAGAGGUUAUGGCAUACAACCACUAUCUUGUACGGGAUUUGAAUGUUACCUUAGAGGUGACCACUGCAACAGAACCACAUGUAAUAUCACCCCACGAUGAGGACACCUUUGGCUAUCAGAUGAUAAGAAACAGUGUCCACAGUAUUUUUCCGCAAGCUGCUGUUGCCCCAGCAUUAUGCAUUGGGAGCACAGACACCAAGCACUACUUGAACUUAUCUCGAGCCAUCUACAGGUUUUCACCAACAAAUAUUACCCCAAAGCAGGCACAUCGUUUUCACGGUGAUAAUGAACGCAUCUCUAUAUGGAACUACGAACGUGUUGUCAACUUCUACAAGCACAUAAUUCUCAAUUCAGAUGCUGACGGAUUACACCAUAGAAAAACAAGUAGAAAAUCGGGUGACUUGUAACUAGAGCGAAGCUUUCUUGAGGGCGAAAAAUCUGUUUUGUGCUUAUGUAGUACAAGAACACUGCUGACAGAAUUGUACUAUUUGCCGUUCAUACUAUGUAGGCCAAAAUGGACGGAUGGAAUAAAUAUUCACAGUUGACAGCAAACAAAAUAUGUCACAAAUAUCCCUUAGGUCCGUCAGAGCUGUAUAAAAGGGUGUCUGCACUAACUAUCCACAGAAUUUCAUACAGCAGUAGUGUGGUAAGCGGGUUGCUGGUCACAGACACCAGAUUGCAAAUAGCGGCACACGAAAGGAGGAUGACAUUGUUCCUUUGUUUCCCCUACUUGUAGGGAAGCAUUGCCGCCGCUUCCCAUCUUAACGAGCCCCGUGGGGACAUGUUGCUCACUUUUAUGUAUUGUAAAUAAACUUGGAGUGUGAGAGUCAAGUCUACAAAGACCACAAGCGUGUUGCUGUGCGUUGCUCCGGCGGCACAUGUGCCGAGCCUGAUGAAUCUGUCUUACGGGGAUAAGGCUCCUUUACAUUUCUCUGUCACGGGGAUAGGUCCCCCUGAAAUUCCCUCCAAUAAGGAAACUGCAUUCCUUGUGUCAUAUUUGUAGUGCUGAGUAUUGUGCAGUGCCACAAAAUUUAUAACACGAGUUCUAUAGUGCGAGUGUGGCUUAGUUUGCUUUCUCCAUUAGUUUUCCAUUUUCUUGGUCGUGUUGGACAUCUCGCAUAGUAGGAAUUGAGUUGCGUAUGUGUGCUAGAAUCUUGGUUUUGACAUGCAUAGGACUGCAUCAUACGCUUGUUAUCGCAGUCCCCAUCUGGUGCAUUUUCAUUGCCAAAAUAAAAAUAUAUUUUUGA